AAUUGGCGGUAGAUGAGUGAAAUUCAAAAUGGCCGUCGUAAAAAAGAGUAAUUGAUUUCCUUUGGCUACAAAAUAUUUUUAGAGAAUGUUUAAUAUUGUUUAUAAAUGCUGAUAUAUAAUUGAUAAGAAAUUUGGUCAAAAUGCCUCAGUCAAUAGUGCAGAGCGGAGAUGAGGAUGUAUUUCGUACACUAAAACGCAAGCGAAAAUCUGAAGGAUGUUUGGAGUACGCUGCAGAUGUUACUACUGACAGAAAUACUUGCUUCACCAAUUCGGCUUUCAGCUCUACGCCGAAAAAAGUAGUGCUACGCAGGCGUGCGCAAACCCCUUUAACGGAUGUUGUUCUACAAGAACCUUGCAUGGAAGUGAAAUCAAUUUCAGAUAUAAUUAAUGGUCCAGUUAAAAAGACAGAUUCGACUAAAAUCGGUGGUGAUGCGCUUUCGCAAAAUCCCUACGAAGUUCAACGCAAACCGCCCAAGAAGAAAAAACGUGAAUCGGAAAUAGUUGAAGCAUGCUUUGAAAAUCCAGCAUUGAAUUUAGAGCUGCCUGAAAAACAAUUUAAUCCGUAUGAAGUUUUACGUGAUGUGUCGGCAAAACAAACUAACGUUGCUCAAGCUAAUUGUUUUGUAAAUACAGCCUUAAAUCUACGAACACAGGAUGUAACUGCAACAAGAAACCCAUUUGAGAUCCAACGUUGUCAAAGCGUUGCGACAACUACUUCUUCUGUCCGCGUUGAAAACACUGGCAUGGAAGUUGGCCAAGUAGUUCCAACUGAUUUAAAAAUAUCGUUGCCUUUUAAGCCUACUCUUGGUUGUCGCAUAGAUUUCACCAAUAUACCUAUAGAAGAUCUAACGGCUAGCAAGAUGCUGGCGGAUAAAUUAGUAUUUUCACCAGUUUUAAUGUUGCCGAAACGUUCAUUGGAUUCCACAAGUGAGGAUAGUAGUAUGGAUAUAGGUAAAGAGUUAGAUCGUUAUCAGCUGGAGCUGGAGAAUAGUAUCAAUGAGGCGAAAAUGCGUAAGGCUGUAGGUCCUUGUACGAAAUCGACUUUAAAUGUGAACGUGGAGCAAAAAAUUACAUUCAACCAAAAAUUGGCCGAAAUAGCCGAAGAAGAUGAAGAAAAUGAUUACAAUGAAGAAAAUGUGAAAAAAACUAAAACUUUGCAUGAGUGUACAAUUCAAUCUCGUAUUGAAUUGACUGGUAAAAUACAAACUGAACAUGUUGAAAGAGAAUCAGGUAUGGUUGAAGAAUUAAAGAAUGAAGAUGUUGCAUAUGAUUCUGACUCGGAUGAGGACGAAAUUGACUUCAAGGCGCCAGCACCAUUUGUGCGUGCAUAUCAACGCGCUGCAACAACACUUGUCGCUGGUAGCAAAGGGUCUUUGCACUCCAAUGGUUCAAACGACUCAACCGAUCAUAAGAAACCUCUGAAUGUACGUAAUUUAAUACGUAAAUCUUUAAGGAAACUGAUGCAUCCAACUAAGCAUGAUGAUUUAUUUAAGGCUAAUUCUGAUGAGAACGAAAUAUUGAACAUUGAAAUAGGUGGAAAGGAAAAGCAACAUGCGAGCGCAUAUCAAAUUAUACGAAAUAGUUUAAGACGCAAAACAACCGUCAAUCCUUCAAAUCCUGCUCAGGAAACGCCGGCUGCAAAAGCGGAAAUAUCCAUAAUUGAUAGCAGUGAACGCAGAAUGAAACUUACUGCAGCGAUUUCAACGAAUACAGAAGGUGAGCGAAAACACACAUUGCGCAACAGCUUGCGACGAUCGACACGCGAAAUGGGGCAACAUUUGAUGAAAACUGUGUUUCACAAAACUCACGAAGCUUAUGAACUAAGCAAGUGAUCAGAUUAUAUAAGGUGUGGUCUACUACCACACACCACAUUUUAUUAUUUAAUUUUAAAAACACAAUAUUAAGCACCCAAAGAUGAGAACUAUGAAUGAUAACUGAACUUUGACGCACCAAUGUUGCACCUUUAAUUUUUUUAUAUACUAUAUUACGCUAAAAUAUGUUUUUUAAUUAAAUUAUUUACGCUUAAAUAAACGUUUUCUAGGAACCUUAAAGUUCAAAAAAAGUUCAAAUAUGAAUUGACUUGACAUAAAUAGUCCGGUGUAAAGGUCAAUUUUCUGCAGUAUUUGUGCUGGUAUAAUUACCAUGUUAAAUUGACUUUACCUUAAAUUUACUUUACCUCGAAAUAACCUUGCUUUGAAAUUAAGAAUUAUAUUUUUUUUUUAUUUUUAUUUUAGAUUUAUGUUUGUGUAUUUUUGGAAAAUGUCCAUUCAUUUAUUUUUUAAUUUAUUUUCAUUUAUUACACUUCCUUCGUCAAUAAUCUGCAAAACCUUCAGCAUUGUCAGUGUUUGUUAUUAUUUUGGUUUUUUUUUUUUUGUUUGAUUACAACAUUAAUUGUUUACAAUUUAUAUUUUUGU